ACCCUGCUUCCCUGUGAGAGGAGAGAAACACAGACAGGCAGCAGGCAGGCUGAUUCUGUCCUCAGCCCCACACCGCGGCUCAUUUUCCCCCCUGAAUCGACCUGCUCAGCUCCUCCAGAAGAGUUUUCAUGCUUGUGAGAAAACGAGGACAUAUUACAGGUUGGUGGAGGUAUGACACUGACGAGGGGCUCCUUUACUUAUUCAACUGGAGAAGAGUACAGUGGGGAAUGGAAGGAAGGAAAGAGACACGGUGUAGGACAGCUGAAGUUCUCUGAUGGUACCUGCUAUAAGGGCCACUUCGAGAAUGGCCUUUUCCAUGGCUGUGGGGUGCUAAUGUUUCCUGAUGGGUCCAGGUAUGAGGGGGAAUUUGCCCAAGGAAAAUUCCAAGGCGUUGGAGUCUUCAGCCGGUUCGAUGGGAUGAAGUUUGAAGGGGAGUUCAAGAAUGGACGUGUGGAAGGAUGUGGGUUGCUGACAUUUCCGGAUGGUUCCCAUGGCAUUCCACGCAACGAGGGGGUCUUUUCCAACAACAAGUUGAUGAAACGGGAAAAGAGCCAGGCGGUGGUGCAGAGGGCCCGGAGCUCGGCCUCCACUGCCCGUGGCCUCUCUGUAUGACCAACAAGUCCUCAGUGAGGAAACCCUAAACACCAACCACUCCUCACCCCACACUGCUGCUCUCAGAUCAACCUCCCCUAAACUCUACUAGUAAAUGCAGUGGUAAAUGUAAAGGAGCAGAACUGCUUCUGGAUCUGUAUAUAAAGAGGGGAUCCUUUAAUGUGUACGUUCCAGAAGACCCUCAGGAAUGGAUAACAGGGUUUCCCUUCCCUUCUGUCUUAUCUCUGUUUCUCAGUGCUGCUCUGCCUUGGUUGCCUACGGCUUAAAAAACAUCAGCAAUGGGCAAAGUUUUAAUUGCUGCAUAAUUGAGAACCAUUUCAUCUUAGAUAUGGACAAACCAAAGUCACCAUCAACAACAUGGGGCUAUAGCGUGGUGCAAACGAAGGUUUGUAUGUAAAAGGAGUUUUUGCCUUUGUGAGACCGUGAUUGUGCACUUUCUUUAUCACUUAUUUAAUGCAUUCAUCAUCACUUAAUUUAUUUAUGUAUUGUUUUUAGCACUGUUUGCCUUGUGUGAGUCCUUUAAGUAUAGCAAAAACAGUAUAAUUUAUGAAUGUGUAUAUAUACCUCAAAAAAGUUAUAAACCCAGUGUUAAUGAUGAGAUAAUGAGAUAAUCAUAAUAUAUUAGUUGGCUUAUUUUGAAAUUGUGCUUUUAAUUGAAUUCAGACAGUCUAGGAUAUAAGGAGCUCAUAGAGGUGUUCCCUCUGGCUGUGUAUUCACAUGAUAAUCACCAUUAUGUGUAUCAGAAUCACUUAUCCUUAUGCACUUAUGUGCAGUAUUCUCAUGAUACAUGUAAUGAUGCAGUUAAUAAUGUAAAUAAUGAUGCUGGAUUAUAAGAGCAUGUAUUUAGAAGUUGCAAAGUGUUUGUGAUGUUAUCAUGUAAAUACGUUGAGGACACCUAAAAGAUGGAAUUAAUAUAAUCAGAAAAGAAAUUUAACUGAUACGUAAUAAUUAACAUUUUAAAAAUGUAUUUGUUGAUAUACCAUAACACCCACCACUAACAAUGUUCAUUCUCAGAGAUUUUAUUUGAUUAGUUAAGUGUAUUUACACUGUUUGUACUAUGAUCAGUAUCCAGGAGAGGAGCUAUACUCAUCACUUGAUCAAAUACUCUUGACACCAAAAUGUGUAUUAUCUUUGGUAUUUACUUGAACUAAAUGAUAAAAGUAAAAACAGGAAAAAAUAUAUUUUUUUUCCGCUUUAAGGGGGUGAAAAAAUGUUUCUGAGAAGAAUAAAAGGCUUCUAUGCGGUGCUUA